UGAGCUCAGUUCUUGAGUUGAGAGUGCAACCUCACCUCUCUCUCUCUCUCUCUCUCUCUCUCUCUCUCUCUCUCUCUCUCUCUCUUAUCAAAUCAAAGAAAUCAAUGGCCAAGUGUCUCGUGGUGCCCUAUUCCUAUUCCUCUACUGGAACUAGAAGUAGAACAAGAAGUAGCGGUAGCGCCAGCACUAGCAAGCCACCUGGACUGCAAGUACAAUUGCAACAUCAUCAUCUCAAAUAUUCCUUGAUCCAACAAAACUCUCUAUCAGACUCCGCCCAAUGCUACUACAACACCCACACCUUGCUUCGCCGCCGAAUUCUCUGCGCUCUCGACUCUGACGUCCCUCACCCUCUUCAUCAUCAGGUUCAGAGCAAUAAAAGUUUCGAGCAAUGGGACUCCUGGACAGCAAAAUUCUCUGGUGCAUCAAAUAUCCCAUUUCUGUUACUGCAAAUGCCUCAGAUCAUACUCAAUGCCCAAAAUCUUCUGGCAGGAAAUAAAGCUGCACUUUUGGCAGUCCCAUGGCUGGGAAUGUUUACUGGUUUGCUUGGAAACCUUUCACUGCUUUCAUAUUUUGCAAAGAAGAGAGAGAAGGAGGCGAUUGUGGUGCAGACAUUGGGCGUAGUUUCCUUAUAUGCGGUUUUUGCUCAACUUUCCAUGGCAGAAGCGAUGCCUCUACCUUACUUUGUGAUCACCUCUGUGGUUGUGGCAACUGGUCUUGUUUUGAAUUUCUUGAAUUACUUUGGUCUGCUUAAUGCUGGAAUCUGGCGCUUCUGGGAAGAUUUUAUUACUGUUGGCGGGCUAUCAGUUCUUCCCCAAAUUAUGUGGUCUACGUUUGUUCCGUAUAUACCCAACAGUAUCUUGCCUGGAGUAUUUGCUUUUCUUGUUGCUCUGGUGGCUGUUAUUAUGGCGCGAUUGGGGAAACUCUCUGCAAAAGGCAUCAAAUUUGUUGGAGCUAUAUCUGGAUGGACAGCUACACUUCUUUUCAUGUGGAUGCCAAUUUCGCAAAUGUGGACAAAUUUCCUAAAUCCUGACAACAUCAAAGGUUUAUCAGCUUUCUCGAUGUUGCUUGCAAUGAUUGGAAAUGGACUUAUGAUCCCACGUGCCCUUUUUAUUCGUGAUUUUAUGUGGUUCACUGGUUCUACCUGGGCUUCUUUGUUUUAUGGAUAUGGGAAUAUCGUGUGCUUGUAUUGGUUCAACAGUAUCAGCAAGGAAUUUUUCUUAGCAGCAACAGCUGGUUUGAUUUUGUGGAUAGGAAUGACUCUAUGGAGAGAUGCUGAUGUCUAUGGAUACAACUCACCUUUCACAUCUUUGAAAGAGUUAGUUUCUGGGUCCUAAAUUCAAAAGUCUGAGGUGAUACUGCCAAAAUGCCCAAAAGAUCUUAAAGCGAUCUGGUAUGGCAAUAUCAAGGCAUGAGAUAUAACAAAUCUUCUCCACUGCAAUGUCAAUGCUUGAUUCUUGUUGCGGUCAUUGCAGCUGGGCAAUUGUUAAGGAUAGCUGCUUGGAAAUUUAUUCCUCACAGUGGCAUGAAUAAUGCGUCUGGUAGAAUGUCUGAUGAUAAUGUGUAGUCUAAUUCCAAUUAAUAAUGUAAGUAAAACUCCAUGGCCUAUCUUUACAGUGGCCUGCUUGGUAAUGUACGAGAAUGCAACUCCAGCAACCUCACAUAUAUGCAAUCACACCGUUUUCUGCCUGGUUUGCAGCC